GCCUCCCAAGUUCGUCGUUUCCUCUCACCCCCCCAGCCCAUGUGGCUUUGUUGUUCAGCGUGAGCGAUGUAAAAUAGCGCCGCUGGAACAUUUAGUACUCACGGUGGAAGAGGGCGGGUUUCUUCCCCGGCAGAGGCAGUGGCAGCGCGCGGCGCCCUUAAAGCGGUACGGGUACAUGUUGCACUUGCCGGCUAAAAUUGUGGAAAGUUCCCUGGGGAUUAUACAGUCAACCGCAUGAGAGGGUACGGAGACAAAAGAGAAAUAUUUUCAGAAGAACUCCGUGAACCCGAAUGGCCAUCCAAGAGCUCAUGUGGGGUCACAGUCUCUUUCUCAUUCUCCCUGAGUCUAUCUGAAGACUGUCCUAAUAUUUGCACCAAGUAUUUAAGGGGAACAAGGACACGUCUUCAGGAGAUGGCUAAAUUUGAGGAUGUGUGUCCAACUGCCCAGUCUCCUAUUGCCCUAUUUGCUUCACAGGGUUUAGACAUUACUCAAAACAAAGACCGGGGCGUGUGCAAGAUUGUGAAGCGGCAUGGUACAGAGGAAGAGAGGCCUAUGAUUGGGGACAAGGUGCAUGUCCACUACACUGGAAAAUUGCUUAAUGGGAAGAAGUUUGACUCCAGUUUUGACCAUAAGAAGCCUUUUGUCUUCAAUGUAGGCAAAGGUCAGGUGAUCAAAGCAUGGGAUAUUGGUGUGUGUUCCAUGCAGAAAGGAGAGGUGUGUCUUCUGAUGUGUAAGCCAGAAUAUGCCUAUGGCUCUGUUGGCAGCCCCCCAAAGAUCCCUCCAAACUCUACACUAUUGUUUGAGGUAGAGCUCUUGAGUUUUAGAGGGGAGGAACUUACAGAGGAUAGUGGAAUCUUAAGGAGAAUUAAGGUCAAAGGUGAAGGCUACAGCAAUCCCAAUGAUGGAGCAACAGUUCAUGUACACUUGGAGGGAAGGUGUUGUGGCCGUUUGUUUGAUUCACGGGAUGCCACAUUUGUGGUGGGAGAAUCUGAGGACAUGGGUGUUCCUCUGGGAGUGGAUCGGGCCAUGGAGAAGAUGCAGAAAGGGGAAUGCUGUCUAUUAUACUUAAAACCCAAAUAUGGCUAUGGUAAAGAAGGAAAACCAGAAUUGGACAUUGGACCAAAUGCAGAACUUUUGUACGAAGUGACACUCAAAGAUUUUCAAAAGGCCAAAGAAUCCUGGGAAAUGGACUUGAGCGAGAAACUAGAACAAGCAGUUUUGGUCAAACAGAAAGGAACACAGUACUUCAAGGCUGGACGAUACUACCAGGCUAUCAUUCAGUAUCAGCGUAUUGUAACGUGGUUGGAGAUGGAGUGCGGAGCUGGAAAGGAGCAACAACAGUCUAUUCAGGCCCUCCUGCUUGUUGCCCAUUUAAACCUGGCUCUGUGUUUCCUACGGCUGCGGGAAUACUCUCAAGCUGUGGAUAACUGCAACAAGGUAGUGGAGCUGGACUCUGCGAAUGAGAAAGCACUCUAUCGGCGCGGUGAGGCUCGUCUGUUGAGGAAUGAAUUCAGUCUGGCUCUAGUGGACUUCCGACAAGUUCUGCAGGUCAAUCCCACCAACCGUGCAGCCCGUUGCCAGAUUGCUGUCUGCCAACGCAAAAUACGUGAACACCAUGAGCGUGAUAAAAAGAUCUACGCCAACAUGUUCCAGAGGUUUGCUGAACAUGAUGCGAAGGUGAGCCGAUUAAAAAGGAGUAAAGAUGAACGUGGCGUGCUAGAUCAAAACUGCAAGGCUGUGAAGAAGCCACGGAGGAGUCAGGAUGGAACCUAAUACAGCUCAUCCUGUGAUGCCUGUAAGGCUGUGCAGUUGCAAGCUGGUUCUGACCAUAUGUACUUUGUGCUGAGUGCAGUACCGAUAUGCAUGGCCAGCCCCUUUUCACAUACCAUGACAUGACUGCUAUCUCUCAGAACCCAAAAGAUGAAGGCUUGGACAAGAUUAGGCAUAAGAGCAAGGGGCUCUGAAGAGGCUAUAAACUCAAAUGACAUUCCGACAGACAAUGCACACAUGACCACUGGUAUUCAGCAUCUAACCUCCAUCACAUACAGCAUGAUCCAAAAGUCUACGACCACACUGAAAAUCUGGAAUUUUUCAAAAUUUAAAACGUAUAAUGUUAAUGUUCAAUAUCAUGAAUAUUUAAUAUUAAAACACUACUUCUAAGUCCCUAUUUAAAUGUAGGCAAAUUUGUGAUAUUGCCCACUUUAACUGCUUUGUACAAAAGGUCGGAUUUUCCUCAUGUCUAAUCUAUUCUAUUGAAGCAUGUGUUCAGAAAACACUCCAUUGAAUUUGAUUUAAAAUGGAUUCUAAGUUUUUGUACAAACUUGUGCCAUGCCAGCUCCAGUGCACACUGUCAAUAAAGCAAAAAGGGGACAUAUACAUAGACAAUACCAAGAAACUCUGAAAUUCAUGUCAGUAUUCCAAAGAUUGUACUUUUCACUCAAGUUGUUGUCAAUAAUAUAAUUUGUAGUGAAAAUUGUUGCAUUGAAUUAAUUUGUAUACAAAAUAGAAGCAUUUUCAUUAGUGCUCUCAGACUUUUGGACUCCACUGUACAUCUGAACCUCACAAGGCAUUUGUAUAAUGUAAAGAUUCAAUGAUAAGAAUAAAAGUUGGUACUGUAUAAUGUGUAUUCCACAAUGUGGUAACACAUUAGUGGCUUGGAAUGAUUUCAGUAUUAGUCUGGAGAUGUUGUGGGGAGGUUUGUCAGCAUGUUUGUGUUUUGACAAAUAACUGCUUUGGAUAGCUGGAUUCAAAUACGGUACUGCCUGUUUAGCCAGCUUUAUCUUUCCUAAGCAGUUGACACAAAAUGCAGCCUUCCCUGUGGGAACAUGGACUAGUGACUAUCUGGCCAACUGAAAGGCCUUUAACCCUUUUUUUUUUUUUUUUUUUUUGCACACUCCCUGUUGGAUGAAUAAAAUGUCUGAAAGUC